UUGCAUCUUAGGUUUGGCUGCAUUCGGGGAUUUGAGGGACUGCUUUGGAUUAUCGCUGUCGUCAUUCCUAACAGCCGCGGCGAGAUAAGCAAAUGCCGAACCGGAGUGUAAAUGUCAUUGCUAAGUUAGCAAUGUUCCAGUUCAGCAAACUUUGCUAAACCAUACGGUGUGUCGUUGGUCAAGCGUGUGUGUUGUCCACAAACGUGUAAUCUUCCGUUAAUCUGCGCCCAUUGUGAUGCUAGAGGUGGAGCGAUUCCGAAUAGUAGGCUAUGUUUAUGCCGUCGGUUGUAUGGUAUAUUCGGUUAUAGAAAUUGUAGCGGCUGUAAACACAUUGAUGGGAGAUGAAUGUGACAAAGAUGCGUUCAUCAAGCUGAUGAUGGCCACACUGUUUCUUACCUUCAACAUAUUCUUGCUAAUUGGAAUCAGCACGGCGAACAUGGCAAAUGUGCAUGCUAAUGCUAUCUUUACGAUUAUUUUUGAUCUAAUAGUUAUCAUCAACGUGCUCACGAGCUUAUCGAUCCGGAUGUUCAAUGGAGAAUCGUUUGAUCGUAAAAGUGAAGGCGUAGUUACUUUGGUUUUAGUGACGCUAUUUUUAGCUCUUUCGAUUGGCCAGAUUUGGAUACUGACCGGAGUGAGACGCUACGUGAAAACGCGACAAAGGGCUACAUAGCCAAUUAUUAAGGAUUAUUUAUAUUAAAGUUUGAAAGCUGACAUAAAUUAUGCAUCUGGAACUAGAACACUCCUGAACAUGACCUAGGGUUUCUACAACCCAACGAUUUUCGUCUGUCUGAAUUAGUGAUUUAAAACUAGAGCACGUAAUUUCCGAAUCACACACUAAAAGAGAAAAUUAUAUUUGAAAAACAGAUCUUCGAUUUCUUUUAAAAUGCGACCUUAAUACCGAUAGAAAAUAACGAGCUCCUGUACGGGCAAUAUUCCGAUUCUAGAAAUGACCAAAACGAGUCAUGAUUUGGAGAAAAUAUUAUUUUUCAUGUUAUGAUAAUACAGCAGAAAAUCUACGUAGACUUUUCUUUGUCACAAAACAAUUUUUUUAAUCAUUUUUUUAGUGAAAGGUUACUACGUCUUCAAUCACUGAUAGAUUUUUAUAGUUUACAUUCUGUAAUAAGAUUAAAUAAAAUCUGAUCCAGUACAGUUGUCAUAAAGUCUUAGUUAGUCAAGAUAUUCAAGAGGUAAGGAUAUACAAUAUAUCUCAAACAGCUUCUCUGGAUGAACGAUAAGAAAGCAAAUGUGAUUAAAAUCACAUAUUAUGUAAACAGCCGUUCGUGGGCAUACGUUUUUUAGACGAGGAACGAUAAGAUAGUGAGUUGACACACAGUUUUAAUGUUUUUGUAAUAUAUUUCAUAAUCAAUAAACUUACAGUUUCCCUUGAAAAAGACCAUAACCAGUGGUCGAAACG